AUGUCUAAUAACACAGAGGAAGAAUUGCAAAGUUAAAUGCAGUAAAUCAUUGAAAAUGGAAUAUUAAAAAAUAUUGAGAACGUAUAGCUGAAAAAUAAAGUUAUUUAAAGUCUUUAGUUGAAGAGAGUUUCAAAGUUAACUUUAAUUGGUAUUGAUAUAAGUAUAGAAUUAAAUUAUAAUAAGUUCUUGACUUAAAGUUUCGAGGUGGUACAACCCAACUAAAAGAUAAAUACUCAAAAACAUAUGUUAAGCUGUUCGCUUAAUUGCCUUAACCAAAAGAUGAGAUUAUCAAUUUCAUUCUUUUCUUAAUAACAUAUAAUAUUCAUUGGUAUUUAUGGAAAGACCCAGAAUACAAAGAACAAGUGAACAUUAGGUAGUUUUUUCAAAAUAAUUGAAGGUUUGUAUACGAUUGUUAUCAUAUAAUGAUAUUUUACUCAAAUGGAUUAUAUGUAUCAGAUGCAUAUAUAAGAGGAUAAAUAGAUAAAAUUUUUACGUCUAAGUUUUUAGAAUAUGAGAGAAUUUAAGAUUAGAUUAUAAUGUAAAAGAAAUUGGAAUAAAAGAGAAAAGCCUAAGAAAAAACGUUUUUAGGAAGGAAACUUAUGUUCCCUAACCUUUCAGGGGAUGGAUUAACAUUUGCAAAACAUUUAAGUGAAAAAUUGAAACCCCAAAAAAUAGUGAGGAAGGAUUCUACAAAAAUUGAAUAGUUUGAAGAUCAGAACGUAUAAGUAUCAGCAUAAACUAAAUAUUUACUAUCUCAUCUUUAACUAAAUGUUAAUUAAGUUUCUCCUUCAGUAAAACUAGUUUUACAUAUGAACAAACCACAAGUUCCAUUUUCAAGACCAAAAAUGCUUUAGCAUAACUUCGAGAAGUCGGACGAAAAACUCAAAUUUGUUGGUUUGCUUAAUAAUCAACCUUAAGUGUAGAAAAAAUAAGAUAUAAAAUAUACUUAGAAUAUUUUAGAUAAAUUUAAUUUGAGAGCUCCUCCAAAGGAAUACUAUUAAAAAUUUGCAAAAGUAGACCCUUUAUUUAAGGAAAUGCUUGAAUUAAAUUAUGUUCUUAACAACCAUUAAGAGAGUCUUCAUGAUCUAUAUUAAUUUAAGGAGUUGGGACAAUAUGAAGUUUAGAUGCCAUUAUCUGAAGAGUCCCCCUAAGAGUAGCAAACUCAACAUAAGUCACAAUUUGAUAGUCCUGAAGAUGGAACCAAUACAUAACCUGCUUAAUAAGAUUAACCUCAAAUAACUUUGCCCUAAGUUUAAGCAGAAUAGAAUUUAAAGAUUACUGAUUCAAUAAACAUGCUUGGUUAGCGAUAAUAGUAAUAACAGAAAUAAGAUGUACCACUUUAUUAGUCAAAAUAAAAAGAAUACAAACAAAAAUAUGAUAGAUUUAUUUAAUCUGAGAGCACAGAUAAUAAAAUUAAUAGUAUAUAUGUUGAUCUCCAGAAGAAGUAACAUGUGUUAAUGAAUCAUCACCAUAAGAGUUCAAGAAGAAAAUGA